UGCCUAACUCGGGCAAACGCGCAGAUUAACCGGGAUUUAUUGAGCUCCUGACGAAGCAACUGGGAAACUGCUGAUGGAGAUCCGGCGGGAGGCUUUUUAUUAUUUAGCUGCUUCACGGAUAAAUCAACUCCAGUUUGACCUCGCGGACUCUUUUAAAGGGAAUAAGAUCAUAAUCUGAUUUCUACAAUAAAUGUAUUAAAGUUAGACUGGAUGUUCUGGAGCAUCAGAGCUGCGCACCGAACUGUUAAUUGCGAGUUUACAGCGCUUAUGUUUCUGAUAUUCUGUUUAAACCAGCCUGACAUGGAUUAAUGGAGCCACAUUGAUGUUUAAUUUUUAGGGGCAGAUGGACUGGGAGGCAACAGGUUCUCAUCUACUCUUUCACCAUCGUGUUUGACCUGCACUCAGCAGAGGUCAAAGUCUCUACAGGCCACUGGGACCUCUGUAUCUGACACCAGACCACCUGUCUGAGAGGUGCUUCCAUCCACUGACAAUAUAACCUAAUACUUUUUAUUAGUUUUUCUUAAAAAAUGAGAAAAUCUCUUUUUCAAAAAGCAAAAGUCUUCCCUUGGAUAACCAAUGUGACCCUGUACGGCUGCCUAUUCGCUGGAGGGGACCUGGCGCACCAGUGUCUGGCCCAUUCAGACCACAUUGACUGGAGACACACAAGGAAUGUGGCCAUAGUGGCCCUCACUUUCCAUGGAAACUUCAACUACUUCUGGCUGCGAGCCCUGGAGCGACGCUUUCCGGGCAGGUCUCUGGGCAUGGUUCUCAGGAAGCUGGUUCUGGACCAGAGCUUUGCAUCACCACUUGCAACAAGUGUCUUCUACACAGGCGUCAGUUUCAUGGAAGGAAAGGAAGACAUCUUCCAGGACUGGAGAGAGAAGUUCUUUAACACGUAUAAGACUGGCCUGAUGUACUGGCCCUUUAUGCAGUUCCUGAACUUCGUGCUGAUGCCGCUGUACCUGCGCACGGCCUUCAUGGGCUGCUCUGCGUUCCUCUGGGCCACGUUCCUCUGCUUCUCACGGCAGAACGGUGACGGGACGGCGGCCGUGGCUCUGGCCUGGAUGAUGGCCCCUAAAAAGAGGCUCCUCGCCCGAAAAACCAAGGAAGAGAAAUAGCCCACUGGAGGCACAUCUCACCAGCAGCGCCUGUGCCUUUAUGAUCCUCACUGAUCCCGCUGAUCAUUCCAGCGAUUUCCUUCUGUUCCACAUCAUUAAAACACCUUCAGGAUCCCUUACACGGAACAGGUAACUGACUUAAAGUGGAGAUGAACAAACACUAUGCAUUAUUAACCUGGGAAGCACUUUAAAAAAACACACACAAUUAAAGGACAAGGAGAAAAUAACAUUAUCAAGUGAAAUUAGGUUUGAACUAGAUUAAAUAUCUAAUAUUGAUUAUUUAAAUGCAUAUACAGCUCUGAAAAAAAUAAAGAGAUUACUUUAGUUUCUGAAUCAGUUUCUCUGAUUUUGCUAUUUAUAGGUUUAUGUUAUAAAGUAUAAAUAAGGUAUAAAGUAAAAUGAACAUCAUUGUUUUAUUCUAUAAACUACAGACAGCAUUUCUCCCAAAUUCCAAAUAAAAAUAUUGUCAUUUAGAGCAUUUAUUUGCAGAAAAUUAGAAAAGGCUAAAAUAACAAAAAAGAUAGCUUUCGCAAAAAAUGCAAAGAAAAGUUCAUAUUCAUAAAGUUUUAAGAGUUCAAAAAUCAAUAUUUGUUCGAAUAGCCCUGGUUUUUAUUCACAAUUUUCAUGUUGGCAUGUUCUCCUCCACCAGUCUUACACACUGCUUUUGGAUAACUUUAUGCAACUCGAGUAGUUUUGCUUGGUUUGAUGGCUGGUGAUCAUCAAUCUUCCUCUUGAUUAUAUUCCAGAGGACUUUAAUCAAAGACUUUGGUCUCUUUUUUACAGAGCUGUAUAAAGGUUUAUGAAUGCUUUGAUGUUUAUUAGUGGUCAUAAAUUUAUGUCAUAAACACCUUACAAGUAACUAGUAAUCAAUUAUAACACAAAUAAAAAGGACAAAUAUAGAUGUUUCUAUUUCCUUUGGCAUGUAGGUCAGUCAGUGUUAAAUCUCUCAGCUUCAGUUAUUUUUUUCCUCAAUAGAUUUCACCUAUGAAACCACAACAAGAGUCAGUCUUUCACUCACAAACCAUCAUCUGAACUCCAUUUUCUCCUGCUUUAUUUGAUAUUUCUUGAUCUCAGAUGGUCUAUUUCCAUUUAUUAAUGAGUUAUUCAUACUUAUAACACUAAAAUGUAUCUUAUAUACUACAUGUAAAGUGUAGAACAUAUAAACAACAGCAGCAUUUAUUCAGCAAACCUGAAAAUGAGAAGUUCAACAUUUUUGCUCAGAGCUCACAAUGUGAAAGAACUGAAAGGGACAACACUGAAUGAAAGAGAACACACUAAAAGAUCGGGAACCACCAACAUCUGAGCUUCACUGAGGAAAAGUAUGGAGAAAAGUAGCUCAAUGUUUGCAAAGCUGCAGGCCACUGUUGUCCUUUUUAUUUAUGUGUUACUUAAUGAAGUUUAAUAUGAAUAUCUAUUAGUAAACACAUUUUAAUCAUUCAUAUGCCCUCUGCAACAGCAGCCUUACAAUUUAAAGUGAAUGUAUCUCCUGACUUGCUGAGCUCAGGAAUCACACAGUUGAUUAAAAGCCUUUGAACAAGUUUAAACAAGCAAAAAUGUUUAGACAUAAGAUAAAUAAUCUCAUAAUGUUCUAUUAACAAAUUAUAAGGGAGGAAUAUCCGAUGUUUGAACAAAAAUAACAUUUUGUCACUUGCUAUAAUGUUUGCAGUGUGGUCUAAAACCAGAUUUGCACAAUUUACAACAAAUGUAGUUGAUCAGCCAGGUCAUGUUUGGUGUCUGAAAUUUAGCUUCUUUAAUUUUGCACUGAAAUGAAGAGGCUAAUGUAAAAGCCAUCAAUUAAGAUUCUGGGAAAAAAAUGAAAUCGUCUAUUUUGAUAUAAAUGUGCCUGACAUAUGUGUUUUUAGCAAGAACCCAACUGUAGCCUAGCUAGUAAGCUAAAUUAGUAAUGCAGUGCUAAGGGGCUAACAUAAGCAACCAGGGUUAACACUAAAAUAUUUAAUUUAGGGUAACAAAUUUAAACUAACUACAUCUGAGGGUUUAGGUUGAAAGCAACACCUUUAAAUUUAAAGUUAAAAGUCUAAAUAACAGAUUUACUGUAUACUAACACUAAGAGGUUUAAUUUAGGCUACAUCUUACUAACAUUUAUUUCAGGACCACAUAUGAAAGGCUACAUAUAUAUUACCAGGAUGAAGUGACUCAAAUCAGAUUUUUUGGCCAAUGUGUCUCAGGUCUGAUUUUUUUAUGGCUGUGUGAACAUGGUAAAUCCGAUUUUUUCAAAUCAGAGUCACUUUCAUAUGUGGAUAGCUGCAAAAACAGCAAAAGCAAGCAUCCUGGCCUUUUUUCUCCUCUUCGUACUGAGCAUGAACUUCAGACCAGCUGUUUAUUCUCCACUCCAGCAAAAGAUGCUCCACUUAUAAAGAGUCGUCUCUCAAAUAAAAGGUUUUUUGUUGUUGGUAAAGAAGGCGACGUUUAUAUCAAUGUGAGCAUGUGAGGCGUUUCAGGUACAGAUUCAUUCACAUUACACAGAUACAGGUCACUUACAUUUAUGAAUGUGAACCGUCGAGAUCAGAUCUUAAAUUUAGCCUGGUAAUGUGAACAUAGCCUAAGGUUUAUGUGGGGUAAAUAACAGAAUUAAUUCAGGCGAAUUCAUUUGCUGUGUGUAGUUCAGUACUAGGAGUGGAUUCUAUGGACAAUUGAGAAAUAAUGGAGCUGUCUGUCCUUCAUGUUGAGGACAUCAUGUCCUGUUUAAUGUUUAAUGACACUUUCAGGAAAAGCCUGAGGUGGUAAAGCCUGAACAUUACCAGUAAAAGUAUCCCAAUUACAUCCAGGGUGUGAAAAGGGCUAAACAGACCUGCUUCCUGUGUGACUCACUGUGAUCUGUAAACAUACCCAACAUCACUCUGCUCUCUCCUUCAUUCCACGUUUUACUCUAGAUCAGGGGUGUCCAAACUACGGCCCCGCAGGGCAUUUGCGGCCCUUUUCCUUUUUUGGAGCGGCCCGCGAGGUAUUUUAGAAAUAGAAUGAAAGUUGGUCCGCUGUUAAGCAGGUUGUUAUAAUGUGAGAUUCAAAGUUUGAACGCUAGGUGUCAGAAACGAGCCAUAGAGUCUAAAAGCGGAGAGGGGGCGCAUUUCUAGCGCAGAGAAACUGGCCAAAGAGUCUAAAAGUUGCCGUAAUUAAGGAGUUUAAUAUUAAGAGACAUCAUGAAAAAUCAAUUUGAAAAAUCUUAGUUUACACAACACUGUCAAAGAUAAAGAUAGUAAGUCAAGUAAAAUGGUGUGUAAAUUAAAUAAUCAGGAAAAAGUAUUAUUUAAAGUGGUAUAUUUCAUUAUUAGUUUUAUUACAGAGUCUGUGGCCCGUGACUUCAGAUAUAUUUCUCCUUCUGGCCCCCAACAAAAAAAGUUUGGACACACCUGCUCUAGAUAACUGUGAGAAAUAUACAGUGACUUGCAAAAGAUUUUGUACCAAUGGAAACUUUUUACAAUACGUCACCUUACAACCACAAAUUCAAAUCUAUUUUAUUGAGACUUUAGGUGAUCAACACAAAGUAGCACAUGAUUGUGAAAUGAAACAAAAAUGAUACAUGGUUUUCAAACUUUUUGUCAAAUAAAAAUUAGAAAAGUGUGAUGUGCAACAGUAUUCAGUCCCAUUUACUCUGAACCGCCUAAAUAAAAUCCAGUGCAAUCAACUGCCUUCAGAAGUCACUUAAUUAGUUAAGUCCAGCUGUUCUGUGACAGCCCAAGUGGUUUGUUAGAGACCAAAGAACUCACCAGACACGUCAGAGAUAAAGUACAAGCUUUGAGCAUCCCAAUGAGCACUGUUCAAUUCAUCAUCACAUAAUAAAAAAAGUAUUCUAUGACUGCAACCUACCAAGACAUGGUGGUCCACCCAAACUCACAGAUCGAGCCAGGAGAGCACUGGUCAGAGAAGCAGCCAAGAGGCCCAUGGUCACUCUGGAGGAGCUGCAGAAAUCCACAGCUGUGGUGAGAGAAUCUGUCCACAAGACAACCAUAGAUUGUGCACUCCAUAAAUCUGGCCUUUAUAGAAAAGUGGCAAGAAGAAAACGCUUGUAAAAAAAAUAAACAUAUGAAGUGCCGGACACGGCAAACAAGGGGAAGAAGGUGUGGUCAGAUGAGACCAUGAAAACCAUGUUUCAUUUUUACAAUUAUGUGCUAGUUUGUGUUGUGUUGUCUUAAUAAUACAUUUAAAUUUAAAAAAGAUCAAGGAGUAUGAAUACUUUUGCAUUACACUGGAAUGUCAGACACAUAAUCAAGUCUAUUAGAUACUAAAUGUCCCUACACUCUCUGAACAGAGUAUUUGAAGAUUUAGGGCUGCAGUUAGCACAAUGCUAAUUGGAAUACAUUGGCUUAUAUAUACUUGUUAGCUACAUCAGCCUCGUAGCUUCAGCACAAAACGAAAAAGCUGAUAAAAUAGAGGAAACGGGAAAUGGGAAAACGUGUGUUUUGGGGCUGAACUAUAACUUUAAUAUUUCACUUCAGUAUCAGUUUAUGUUUUUCUUUGUGGUUAGAUUUCAGGUUUCAUUUAAUUAAUUUAGUUUAUUUAAAAUUUUAUUUUUAUGGUGCUCAAAACACAAAGUUGUUAGCUACUGUUAUUAUAAUGAUCUGUGUAUGAAUACAUUACCUGGGUCUAAGGGUUUGUAUUGAUGUGUGUUUGGUGUAUUACUGUGUAUUUAUUUAAGUUAUAGAUAAAAAAAAAACAUUCCUUUACUUGAAAUAUCUCUUAUUACAUCAGGCUGCCAUUUAACCUCAAUACCUUAUUACACAUGUACAUGUACGCAUAAUGGUUUUACCUAGAUAUUUUACUGUUGUUGCCCCCCCACACACACACACUUUUAAGAUUUGUAUUGUUUGGGUUUGGAGAUAUUUUAUGUUAUUUAUAAUUAUUUAUUUUUGGUACAACCCAUAACCACAGUUAUGUCUUCUUUAGUCUCUGGAAAUCUGGUUAAAGUCUUUUAAUUUAUUUAAAUCAGUUAUACACUCUUCAGCCAUGACAUUUAUACCACAUUCAGGUGACACAAAUAACAUUGAUAAUCUGGUUCCAAUAGAGUACACUUUGGCAUACGGGUAAAUAAAUAUAUUAUAAUACUGUUAUUAUUCUUUACAAAAAAACAUUUGUACUUUAAAUGUCUGGGGUCUUUAGUUGUCAAUGAAACCAUAUAAAAUAUAAAUAUAAAAAAUAAUAUACAAACUUUAAUGCAGUUCUAAGCCAAAAUAAAGAUAAUAGCAACUUGCACUUGUAAGAUAAUAGCAACUUGUGGUCAGAAACUCAAUUAUUAGAUAAAAUAUAACUGAAUACCCAAGCGAAGGUAGCUCUGGUAGGCAAGGAUUGUGUUUGGGGUAUUUGCCCAUUUUGCAAAUAAAGGAUGUCAGGAGCCAAUAAGAAAGAUACAACAUUUGUGUAACACAGUAAAAUGUUAUACAAAUAAGAAUUUAUAUUGUGUAUUAUCUGUUUAAUUUUGGUAAUAUAAAAAAUAAGUAAGAGCAAAUUGCUGCUAUUUUAUUGGGUAGAAUUUCUGCAUGCAGUAGAUUUAUGUGUUUUGCUUUGCAUUUAGUCUCACAACAAAUCUGUACAUUUUAUUAGAAACAUCUUAAAUACAAUCACUCGUUUCCCUCAAUUGAUACAAAUAAAAUUGUGGUUUUAUUCUAUAAACUAUGGACAACAUUUCUUCCAAAUUCCAAAUAAAUAUAUUGUAAUUUAAAACAUUUAUUUGCAGAAAAUAAGAAAUGGCUGAAAUAAUAAAAAAAUAUGCAGAGAUUUCAGACAAAGAAAACAAGUUCAAAAAUCAAUAUUUGGUGGAAUAACCCUGUUUUUCAUCAUAUUUUUAUGCAUGUUGGCAUGUCCCCCUCCACCAGUCUUACACACUGCUUUUGGAUAACUUUAUGAAGCUCCGGAUGCAAAAAUUCAAGCAGAUCAGUUUGGUUUGAUGACUUGUGAUCAUCCAUCUUCUUCUAGAUUAUAUUCCAGAGGUUCUCAAUUUGGGAAAAAAAACAACUCAUAAUUUACAUACAGUUAUCAGAACCAGAUAUCGCAGGUCCAGUGAUGCCUCGAUGGGUCAGAGCUGUUCUGGAGAGACAUGAGGGUGCCUACACAAUUUGAGGGACGUGGAUUUAAUGCUAUGGCUGAUUGGUGUGUUAUACUCUAUGCAAAUCAGUGUUUAACUUUCUCUAAUCAGCCUUCCUCUGAAGUGGUGAUGUCAUGCUGAUGUGUUUACACUUAUAGAUCAGUCCAGCACAUUCCCACUCGAAUAUUCUAUAUAAAAAAAAAAAACUUCUUUUAAGUUAAUAUUAAUUAUUUCUGACUGUUAGUUUGAAUGAAACAGGUGAAUAAACUGUGGGAAAAUGCAAAUAUCAGUGUGUAGUCCUUCUCACAUCAGAAUCAGUAAUUAUAAAAGAUGUUUUAUUUUUUCACCUUUCCAUUCUUCUUGAAAAAAUAAUCAGGUUGAACUGUAUGUAUCUGUGUUAAAGCAACAAGUUUCAGUUAAAGGACAAAUUCACAAGAUACUUGUAUACACUGUAUAAGUUAAUGUUUAAAAUGUGAACUAGAUAAUUCAGAGUAGAUACUUUACAAAAAAGUGAAUACACCAAAUGAUUAUGAAUUUACUGCCUGAUAUCUGAGACAUUUUUUAAAAUCAUAUAUCAUUAAAGUGGUGGAGGGAUUUAUGCAAGGUUUUGGUCUGCAAAAAAUAGCUGUAGGUUCACUGGUGGGAUUAGAUAUUAAAUAAAAUGGUUACCUAUAUUUGUGUUGCUUCCCAAGUCCAACAGGAUGAAGAACUGCAUCAGGUUUUGUCAGUUCUAGCUGUAAGAAAUCUGCCUUUAUGUUGGGUUGUAUAUCCUACUGUAAUUGUUGUUUAUAAUGAGAAAAUCUAAAUAAAACUGAGUAUGAAUUGAA